CAAAGAUUUUGUAAAUGGUGGUUCAGUCAAAGCUAAAGCAAACCGAUGUCCAAACCAAUCUUCCAAUCUUUUCUGGACCUGUCAUUGAGUCUGUGUCAUGCAUGCCCCUCCAUCUAUCUCUUGGUCUUGGAAAGCAAGCAUUAGAAAUUGUUGAAAAUGAAGCUCUUGUUUUAGACAAGACCAUUAAAGAGGCAGAUGGAGAGGCAUGCCCAGAACUGGCAGAAGCAUUCCAAAGAAGAGAAACCUUGAACCUUGAGUGCCUUCAACAGCAUCAGCAGUUGGAAGAAAUUAAUGAAGCUAUUAGUAAUGCAGAAGAUGUUCUUCAGUCAUUCUUAAAUGAAACAGCAGCAUUCCAUCAAAAGGAAGGCAGAAGGUUUACAAAUCACACAGUGGAGGCAGUGAAGGCUAGGGAAAAGGCAAGGGAACUUAGAAGAACCAGGGAUAAGCAGCAGGAAAAAGGUAGACAACAUCAGCAACAGUUCAAGGCAGCCCAAGAUGAACUGGCACACAUCAAUCAGAAAAUCAACGUCAUGAAGGGGCCUUUCCAAACAAAAUUUGAUAACACUUUGGAUGAAAUGAACUUGAAGCGUCAGAUUUAUCACAAGGGCGCUUUGGUUGGCAAUGACGUUGCAAAAAUUCUACAACCCAUUCACAUCAAACAAAUUGUUCACAUCUUCAAGCCAAUUGAAAUCAAACUCAAACAUGGGGAAAAGCAGGUCUUUAGCGACCACAAACUUAUGAGCAAAAUAUCAACUCUGCUCACCAAAUUGUCCCAAUGUUUCAAACUUUACUCAGCAAGUACUCCUCUGUGCCCUCAUGAAGUUGCUAUUCUGGGAGCAAGAUGUGCUAGCUUUGGCCACUGGUUUCCAAUAAACUUCCCUAAAACCAACCUGCUUAGGAAAUUCCACGUUCUCACAUUCCACGUUCCUGAGAAAGCCAUCUUAAUGGGGACUGUUGGAAUGGAAGCGGAGCACUGCUCAGAAAGCAUCCACCCAGUGGUCAACAAGCUCGACAGGAUGUACGCAACAACACAGAACACCUGUGAUCGCCUGGCACUGGUGGCCAAAAGUCAGUGGCUCCAAAGCCAAUCUACGUUGACCAACUUCAACAAGCCUAGAAAGAGAAACCAGGGCAAGCUAGUUCUUCAUGAAGAAUAAGAACAAUCACAACUGUUUGUAGUGUCAAACUUAAUGGCCCAUUUUCAUCCUUGAUGUAACAUGGUUGUUUGUUUCUCUUUUGAACUGCGCUACCGCCAAGCAUUAAAUUCUCUGGUACCUAUUUAUACACAUGGGCGAGGAUCUCUCUGUGUGAGAGUUAACCCAACAAAACACAUAGUCACUAGCCAAGCUCAAACCUGGAUUGCUCAAUGCGGAGGCAAGCACACUAAGCAUGAGAACACCAUGCCACCACAAAGGAAGAAAAUGGGCCCUUAAUUAAAACUCUUUGACAACAAAAUAUUAUUUAAAUAAUAUGCCACUUUCACAUUUCCUAUCACAAAUUUUGUUGACCCCUGAAAAUCUGGCAUAACCAUUGUCAUUGGUUCUUGAUGAGAGAGAGAAUGAAACCAAUACUACAAAUAUCCAAAAUAAAUUUCAGGGUACCAAACAAAGUGUAUUAAUAAAAAUGCAAAAUUGACAAAAAAAGACAAUUUAGAUACAUGUAUUUAACUAGACAACUAUAGAGUUUGUUGGGUUUGCUGAGGUUAAAAAUAUUGUAAUUAGGUAAUUUACAUUUCACCUGAAAUUGAACUAAAAGAGAAAAUAUAGGAGGGAACAAAAGGGCUUCAGGGCAGUUUUUGUCUAGCUGGAGUAUGUGUAAACAUGUCGAUGCGGCGAUCAAUUUACAGUUGCACCAGAUAUACAUGUUAGGAACAACUUUUCAAAAUCACGAUUCUUGCAUGUGUGAUGAGCAGCAAGUUUCAUGCUGGAAGGUUUGCCUUUCUGUAGUCUGGAAAGUUUUCAGUUUGAAUUGAGGAACUUCUGUGAAGCUUUAAAUUAUUAAAGUCAAUGCUACGCAGAUAGAAUUCAAUUUGUUUGUGGCCAUGAGUUACAGAUUGCCAUUAAUUGAGCUAGUACCUACAGUGGGAGGCUUAAUUUGGUUUCAGUGAAACCAAUUAUUACAAAGAUGUUGGCUGUAUGCCUAAAGAUCUGGUAGAGAACAUUAAUUUUCUACAUACCAAUGUGGUUGAUUUCCAUAACAGUGAAUUUUGUUAAUGUACACUGUAUUGUUAACUCGUUGGCAAAUUCAUUGCUAAUCAACCCAUGUGAACAAAAGUAAGAACAUCAUUCAAUGUACAACUGAUUAAGAGUACAAUUAUACUAAAAUUUGGGGUUUAAUUUAAUGGUACAUGUAAUGCAAUUGCAUAUUUUAAAUAAUUCUUUUUUUGUAAUGGGUAAAAUAAAGUUUUUUUUUCAAGAGGGUAGGGUAAAAGAUACUGCAAUCGGAUAUUGGUUCUUAGCAAAGUCUGGAUUAUCCUAUUUCUGACCAUGGUCACGGUAACGUGCAGCCGAUGUGUUUGUUGAAAAGGACAACAAUAUUGAGAAAGGGAAAAAAACGAAAAUUGUUUUUUACCAGCUUAGAGUGGGUCUGUGAAGUGAAACACUGUAACCUCUGACUUGAAAGUGCUGCAGCAUUUCAAGACCUCAGUCACAGUUUUUCACCAAACAGACAGACCCUUAGCCCAUAAAUAGCAAUUAUAUUGUGUAUAACCUGUUUAGCCCCCAAACUAUUUCCUUAGAAGACCGUAAGAAAAGCAGGCAAAAUUUGCUAUCCUGGCUAACUGUUUGAAGCAGAACUAUUUUAGCUGCCAACUUUCUCAGUUGCCAACUUACUAGGAAAGAACAAAAGGUAACCACUCCUCACAAAUAAAAAAGUUCACAACUUUAUCAGAAGCCAAUAACAAAAUGGUCAGUGACUAAGUACAAAGUAGAUGUAUAUCUGUUCUCGUUCAAUUUACCUUCGGAUCAAAUUUAAUUUGCCUUUGUUUUUUAAAAUAAACAAUUCUUGGUGGAUAUUAAGUAAAUUUGAACUGAGCCAUACAUGAAGCAUCCAUCGUUGCCAUUGCUAACUGGAACCAAGAAAACACACAUCAAGCUGGUUUUAGAAGAUAUGUCACACGUAAAAAAAUGGUAAUGAACUUAAACAAAACGUAAUUAAGGUACACAUUCUGGUCUAACGCAAGGUUUAAAAAGCACAGAAAAACAAGUUUUUCUUUUUUACAAAUUGAUUUUCUUUUUUUGACAUUUUUUUUUCUCUCUCUUUCCCCAGUUCGCCUUAAGCUCCUCCCUCCUCUGCAACUCUUCCUGAAGUUCACGCUCCUCUUCCUCUGGGGUUCUGAGAUAAAUUUUACGACCAAAUAAUCAAAUUUAACCAAUGAAGUUUUGUUUCAAUCAGUAACCUUACAAAACAAAAGAUUUAAAUGCAGAUCAAGUUUGUACCUUUCAACUUCAUUUUCGUUGAAAACGACGCCCUUUGGCUCACCAAAUUUGGCUGGUCGGCGAAAGUAUGGAUUUCUUAAGAAGGUGGAAAACACAAAUUGUUACCUACUACCAAAAGUUUCAUUUAUAAUCAAAAACAAAUUUAAAUGAUACCUUCGCUUCGACAUCUUCGACACCGGAAGAGGUUUACAUGGAUCAGUAAAUAAGAGUGCCCGCACGUUGCGGCGACAGGAAAGUUCCUGCGCUUUUUGUACACUUCUGCAAAAUGGCGUGUAUUAGUUCGUCUAGUUCGAAUGGAUUCUAUUUCUAGAAUUCAAAAAUUAUUACGCGAAGAAUCUUUAGACACAUUGCAUUACUUGACAAUUGAUAUAUACAGCAAUUAGAACGUUGAAGGUAAAUCAAAGAAGUUAUGAAGUAUGCUUUCUUCGAAUAGGCAAUGCAUGCUUUUCCGCCACAAUCUCGACAUUGAUCAAUCUUUAAGUCGACCCAGGUGAACUCAUGGGGCGUCUGUUGAUCCAUGUUUGAUUUAUUUAAAUAAUAUGAUUAGUUACCAAAACAAAUGUCAAA